AUGCUCACGAUACACGAUCCGGAGAAAGCAUUGGCCAGUCUCUCGAGUCCUCUGAUUGCGGCAGACACGCUUUAUCUCUCGCGUGAACCGGAUAUACAGACCGUCAAGCUCACAGCUGGACUACAUCGACAGACGUGGGUCAACGGGGCACUCAUAUUCAUUGAUGUCCAUAUCUCCAAUAACACCCCCAGAAAUAUCAAGAAGAUCGAGGUACAGUUGGAAAAGACAAUUCUGUGGUAUACCCAUCCUCCAUUUGGCACGUCGGAAAAGACUGUUCAUUAUCUACGCCUCCCCCGCAAGACUGAUACGGAUAUAGUCAGUGUCAAUGCUAUCAAGAGCUCGACUACUUGGGAUGGUAUUGGUGCUCACUCAUCCGACGUCAGGACAAUCGAGCUUGAAGCUCCUAGGGGUCAUGUUACCAUCAGUACCGGAAGGUACUUUGAAAUUCGAUAUAUCGUGAACGUGGUAGUCACCGUGAAAAUGUUCAAGACCGUUGCCGUUCAACUUCCGGUCACGAUCAUACCCAUCAACUCCCUCGAUGUCUUACCGAAUUCUCUAGCUCAGGUUGCUGCUUCCAUCGAAGCAAAAAGGACAAAGACCGUACCGGUUGGUGUGGAUUCUCGUGCUCGUCCCUCGUUCCAGCAGGGGCAGGCAUUCACUGCACCGGUAGGACAGUCUUUGGAAAAGAUGCGCCACAGCAGGAUCAGAUCUCAAUCUGAGGAUGUUGAGUCUCUAACUCGUCAUGUCGACAGCUCCCCACGUCGAUUUGCUCAUAUCCACAGCCACAGCCACUGUGUAGGCGGACUGAAUCAAACAAAAUUUGACGGGAACCUGAAGGAGAUGCCGGCUGAACCAGAGGGACCCAAAUUGCCAAGACUUCAAGUUUCAACCUCGGGACUUGGAUUUUCAGAGUCAGAGUUUGAAGUUCCGGCAGAUUCGCCUCUGAAGAAAGUCAUGUUAAGUGAGCAGGAGCGGAAUAUGCUCAUCCAACAGAAAGAACUCAAAAGUCGGGAUCAACGCAAUAUGAGGAAAGGGAGAAAGCCCAGUCAAGAUACAGAUCGGGGCCAUAGAGCACGACCCAGUAAAGACCAGGCAAGCUGGAAUAAUGUGGCAGGCAGCAUGAUCAAUUUGGCUUGA